AUGCGUAUAUAAGAAGGAGCUAUUGAAACAUUUUAUUAUUAUCUCUGGCUUCAAAAUGACUCCAUCAAAUAAAACAAAGUCGAAUUCCAUCUCCCAGACACUCUCAUCUACAGAUUGGGAGUCAUUCAGGCCUGGUACUUCACUCAUAACAAUGAAAUACUUGUAAAAAAACUCGAAAAUAGGACUCUGCCAAAUAUAGAAACUGCAUUCCUUAAAGAUUGUGAGAAUGAUGUGUGUGCAUAUUUCAUCAGUUGUAAACCCAGAAGAGAUUUUUAUAAUACCCAAGAAACCAGAGGAGAAUUCCUCUAAGAUUAACUCAAUAUUGAUUGCAGAACCUCAAUUCUCUAUCUAAACCAACAGCAAUUCAAGACAUUCAUACACAAUCCGAAUAUUCACAGAAAUGGAAUUUUGUAGAAAUUUACUAAACCUGCUCUCCCCAAAGAAAAUGUCAUCCAAGCUAUAUGGAGCUAAAAUCUCCUCCUCUUAAGUUAAAGAGUCAACAACAUUGAACUAACCUCCAAUAAAUUUGAUGUUUAAGAAAAAUGCUCAACAUUUAAUAGUCCCGAAUCUUAUUCCAAAGCCUACCCUGUUAAGUCUAAAGUAAUAACAACGCAAAUUCGAAGACUUAUUAAUUAUAUCACCACAAGAAUUUGCGUUGUGACUUAUGAGAAAUUUAGAGUUAACAGGGCAGUUCUCUAUUGCAAACUUGAUUAUCUGUAAAGAAUCAACAUCCUAUAUUGCACGUCCCUAAGAUCUAAUGAUGAAUGUCCUUAUCCUAUUCAAUUUGGGCAAUUACUCAGACCUGAAAAUGUCAAGAAUACCAUCACGACAAAUAAACAGAAACCUAUUAAAUUGAUAAUGGAUGUCCAAUGUUUAUCUUGCCAGCAAUUUUGUUAAACUGAAGACUUGCACCCCAUCAAAUAUAAACUAUUGAUUACACAAGGAGAACAUUAUAGGAUGGAUAUAAAACCCUAUUCAACUGGUGUUAAAAGAGCUGACCAUUAGCAAACUGAAGAUAAUCCAGAAAACUACAUAGCAAACACUACUAAAUUAAUACCAGACAUCAUCAAGAAGCUUUUCCCCUCUAUGUCAUACACUGAAUUUGCAGAAAUGAAAGAAAAUUCAGCCUUCUUAAACAAAGAAUUACUUGUUUGUUUUAAUUGCUACCUGAAAUUUACAUAAUGUAGGUUGAGAAAAACUCAAACAAGUAGACAACUAUAAGUAAAAUAAAAAAAUAGAUCCAUUACUGAUUUGAUCAGAUAGGCAUCUUAAGAAAUAUCCUAAAGAAACACUGAGAGGGAUCAUAGUGGAAAUAAGGAAUAUUAGAAAAUGAGUGUAUGUUUAACCUAAAGAGGUCCUUUAGUUAAAACGGCUGAAGCUAUGACAAUGAGAUCUACUAUGAAAUCUUCUCGAACUUCCUCUAUUAUGAAGAAUAAUAUCACAUUAAGAACUACUGGUAGAAAAUCCUCAGUUUGA